AUGCCAUCCCGUUUGUUCCCGUUGCCACGCCGGUCUUUGCCGGUCCUUGCCGGAGACUCCCGGUUCAUGCCGGAGAUAGGUGAGGCACGGGCCCUUUACAACCUUGGCAACGUGUACCAUGCAAAGGGGGCCAAUCUAGCGAUAGUCCAGGAGCUGGGUGACAGGGCGGCUCAAGGUCGCGCCUGUGGUAACCUUGGCAACACUCACUAUCUCCUGGGAAACUUCAGUCAGGCAAUCAUCUACCAUCAGGAGGUAGGGAUAGGCUACCCUGUCCACUAUAAAGUCACACAAGGUUUGCCCAGUCUGGUCAGCAGCUACCCUGUCCACUAUAAAGUCACACAAGGUUUGCCCAGUCUGGUCAGCAGCUACCCUGUCCACUAUAAAGUCACACAAGGUUUGCCCAGUCUGGUCAGCAGCUACCCUGUCCACUAUAAAGUCACACAAGGUUUGCCCAGUCAGAGGUUACCAAUAGCCCGUGAGUUUGAUGACAAAGCUGCCGAUAGACGGGCCUACAGUAACCUAGGCAAUGCCCACAUAUUCCUGGGAGAGUUUGAAGUAGCUGCUGAACACUAUAGGAAAACUUUACAAAUUGCCAAACAGCUGGGUGACAAGGCGCUGGAGGCCCAGGCAUGUUACAGCCUCGGGAACACAUACACGCUCCUGAAGGACUACGAGCCGGCGAUAGAGUUCCACAUGAAGCACCUCAAGAUUGCCCAGGAGCUUGAAGACCGGGUCAGGGAGGGUCGGGCGUGUUGGAGCCUCGGGAACGCCCACACGGCCCUUGGGCAUAACAAGAUGGCUCUCCAGUAUGCCAACAAGCAUCUCGAGAUCUCUAAAGAGAUUGGAGAUGAGACAGGUCAGGUUACUGCCCAGAUGAACCUUGCUGACCUCAAGUCAGUGCUGGGCAGUGAAGUAGGGCCAGACGAAGGACACAGGCCCAGCCCCUUGGACCAUCUGGAUGUUGGAAUGUACCGACGUACCGGCGUCUCCCGGCGACACAGCAUGGAACAGAUGGAGUUGAUGAAGCUCACGCCGGACAAGAAAGGAGAGACAAUCCCAGUACAUGGCGGGGCAAGACCUAAGAUACCCAAGGUGCAGAAAUCCAUGACAGUGGCCACAUCAGAGACAAUCAUAGCCAAGAAUCAGGCCCCUAUGGUUGAGACACUGUCCCCAGAAGAUGAUGGUUUCUUUGAUCUGCUGAGCAAGUUCCAAGGUCGCCGUAUCGUCGAGCAGCGGUGCAGCCUCAAGUUGCCUGGGGAGAAAAAUGGACUCCUGGAGUCAGAAAACAAGGAGAACAAACCCAAACUGGUGUCCACCCCAGACAGCGAGAACUUUCUGGACAUGGUGGCAGGCAUUCAGGGGUCACGCAUGAACGACCAGCGAGCCUCACUACCGAAGUUUCCAGGUCUCAACUCCCAAGCUGUUAUCAACCAAUACCUCCGAGAGAGAAAUGUUAACGACGUACCAGACGACAGCUUCUUUGAAAUGCUCAUGCGUUGUCAGGGAUCCCGGAUUGAUGAUCAGCGUAGUGCCCUACCACACAACCGCCCCGCCCCAACCAUCCCAGACGAAGAUUUCUUCGGGCUGAUCCAGAAGGUCCAGUCUAGCCAUCUUGAGGAGCAGAGAACCAGUCUACCCGAUAAGGAUGAAAUCUCGCCUCCCCAACAGGCCUCCGUGAAGAAGAAAAAGAAAUAAUGACUAGUCUAGUUUAAGUCCCAUAUGAGCGAGCAAGGAAUCAGGGGAUUAGGCUUUAAACUGGAUCGGCUUAUUAGAUGUUUUUAGAUGAAAUACUUGCGCUGAACACUUGGAAUAUAAGCUGCGUAU